AUGGGGAACUUUAUCGGGCACGUGUACCCUGGGCUGUUUCUGUUCUUAUACGGACUGCAUCAGACAAUAGUGGUUUCCAAAGCCGCGCUAUUCAACACCUCUCUCCUGUACCCUUCAUCCCCUUCCAGGGGUCAGGGAAGAUGGGCCUUGCUGUGGAAAAUCUCCUACGGAGGGUUGCUGAAGACAGUGACUGGCUCCAUCUUGAUCGUGUUUGAGAUCAGCUGUGUGCCAGGAGGGUUGGUAUUGAUGAAUAGAGACAUGCCACCCAGGUUCAUGCACCCCAAGGAGUGGCAGCACCUCACCAUGUUCAUCCUCCUCACCCUCAGUGGCUGUGUAGACAUCGUGAGCAAGAACCUGCUGCCCCAGCGGAGUGUGGUCCUGGAGCUGGGCGUCCGCAUGCUGGCCUUCCACGUGCUCCUGCUGCUGCUGCUGUCGCACACGCAGGGCACAGCAGGGGUGGAGCUGCAGGUCCACGCCCUGCUCGUCCUGGUGGUCUUCCUGCUGGUGCUGGUGUUGACGGCAGAGCUGUGGGCUCCCGACACGGUUCACCUCUGGCUGAUGGAGACCUUUCUGUUUCUGAUGAUGGGCUCCUGGCUGAUGCAGGCAGGCUUUAUCCUUUUCAAGCCAGUCUCCAGCUACCCGUGGCAGGACGAUGACAUAAGCGACAUUAUGUUUGUCACCACGUUCUUCUGCUGGCAUGUGAUGGUCAACGCCUCGUGUCUGUUAGGGAUCUACGGCUUCUCUGUCUUCUGGUAUCGUUGUGACAGUGCUGGCUUGAAGGCGACAGGUUUCAGAGAGGCUCCGUAUCACACCAGCCCUCCGGGGCCCCUGUACAAGUUACUGCAGGAAGAGGAUCCGUCAGAGAAAGAUGACCAGGCUCUCCUCCUUGAAGCAAGCUCACGCUGA